GCCUCCACCAGCUCUCUCACCCCAGAAUUCCCAAAUCCGCAACGCACGCACGACAGCCAGAGAGAGAGAGAGAGUCAGACCGCCGACACCCGACGACAUGGCCGUCGCCUCCGCGUGGGCCAAACCCGGCUCGUGGGCCCUCGCCGCCGAGGAGCAGGACGACCUGCCCCCGCCGCCGCCGCCCGUUCCCGCCGCCGACUUCCCCUCCCUCGCCACCGCCGCCACCACCAAGGUCCCCAAGAAGAAGAAGCCGCAGCCCGUCCCGCUCGGCGAGUUCAACAGCACCAAGUUCGUCGCCCCCGCCUACCGCGGGCCCACCCAAGACGACCUCCUCAGCCUCCCCACAGGCCCCCGCGAGCGCACCGCCGAGGAGCUCGCCAACGCCACGCGCGGCUUCGGGGCUCGCUGGGGCGGCGCCGGCGCCGGUGGCCCCCGCGGCGACGACGAGCCCCGCCGCGGCGGAUCUGGCCCCCAGGACUUCGGCCCGUCGCGCGCCGACGAGGCCGAUGACUGGGGCGCCGGCAAGAAGCCGCUCGAGAGGAGGGAGCGCAUGGGAGGGUUUGGCGUGGACUCUUCGAUGUCGCGUGCCGACGACGUCGAUGACUGGGUCUCCACCAAGAGGGCGGCAGCCCCCGCGCCCAUGGAGCGGAGGGAGCGUAGCGUGGCGUUCGGGGCCGACUCGCAUUCCCGCGCUGAUGAUUCCGCGAGCUGGAUCUCCAACAAGGGCUAUUCUGCGGCGCCGCCACCGCCCUCCGACAGCCGGAGGGGCGGUCCAGUCUGGGGUUUCAACAGGGAUGGAGGCCCAGACGCCGACUCUUGGGAGAGGAGGAGGGAGGAGGUGAGCGGUGGUGGUUCAAGCGGUGGUGCCCGGCCACGCCUGAACCUUCAAAAGCGGACCUUGCCACUGGCUAAUGGCACUGAUGGAGAAGGGAAGGAGGACAAGGAGGAGGAGAAGGGAGAGAUGCAGCCUAAAAGCAGGUCAUCAAACCCGUUUGGUGCAGCCCGCCCUCGCGAAGUGGUUCUUGCUACCAAGGGAGAUGACGGGAGGAAGGAGGAGGAGAAGGAGAAAGAGGAGGAGAAGCUGGAGAUUCAACCAAGGACCAGGACUUCAAACCCGUUUGGGGCUGCCCGCCCACGUGAGGAAGUGCUUGCUGCGAAGGGUGAGGACUGGAGGAAGAUUGAUGAGAAGCUUGAGGCCAUGAAGAUGCGCGAGGCACCACCACCUGAGAGGAGGUCCUUUGGGAGGAGAGGUUCCCCUGUUAGAGGAGAGGACAAUGGGAGCCGUCCACUGCCAGAGAGUCAUGUCGAGGGAGCUUGGAAGAAGCCUGAUGCAGUUCAGGCUGUUGGAGAAUCCGAAGAUGGGUCUGAUAAGCUUAACACGGCUGAGGCUGCGAGAAAAUUUGAAGAAGGGUCUGAUGCUACCAAAGAGACUGCUGCAGCAAACUAAUCUAUGCCGGUACUUGCGAACCCAAGGAUUGCAGAUCUCUUCUGCUAAAUAGCCUUUCUAUUAUUUUUUUGCUACUUGUGUGCUACAGUUGUAACACUGAGUCAAUUUUGCGUCCAUGUUUCUUAUCUUUUCUUAGCACCUGGUAAUCGUGAUUUAUGGUAUUGAGAAUUUUGAUCUGGAACUUAGGUCUUAAUCAUAGUGGGUAGUAGCUAUUCAUUCUAUUGUGACUGUUAGUUGUCAUGCUAUGUUGACAUGGUGAUAAUGUCUCGAAGAAAGAAAUAGUGCUUUUUUAACCUUGUUA